AUGCAUGCCUUGAUCAAUCUUGUGGUGGCGUCCAUUGCAGUAGCGCUUCUCCAGGAUGCUGUCUCAGCUGCUGGCAAUGCGACGGCGAGCCCGGGCAGAAACACGACGGCUUUGCCACCGUUCGGUGCCAACCACACCGUGGGCGACAGUGCCGGGUGGUUCUUCGACGGCAAAGCGAAUGCCUCGGCGGCCAACUACUCUGUCUGGGCAGCCAACCGCACCUUCUACCUGGGCGACUACCUCACCUUCAAGACCCGCACUGACAACACGGUCGUGCACACGACCAACGCGACGGUAUACAAGCUCUGCGGGUACGACGGCGACGGCGUCGGUGGCGGGUGGAAGCCAGAGGAGGCGUUCCUGACAGUGAUGCUAGCGGCGGAGGGUGCUAACUACUUCUUCUCCGACGCCGGUGAAGGGGAGCACUGCCGGAGGGGGAUGCGGUUCGACAUCACCGUUGCGCACGGCCGUGGCCUCCCGCAGGUACCGCCGUCGUACUACGAGCCGCUGUCCCGCGCAACGGCAGGGAGGUGCCUCGGCGUGGUGGUGCCCGUGUGGGUUCUCGUAGCUGUCCUGCUGAUGCUGUGA